UUGAUUUUUUGGAAAAAGUCAAUGAUUCUGUAAUUUUUAAACUGCGAUAAUCCGUCGAACGCUAAACUAAUGUCGCACUCGCGAUCGAUCGAUCGGUACACAGGUACGGUAUACACAAACGCCAGGCUAUACACUGUAGCUAGGCACGCUCUGGGGCAUGCAAUUGUUAAAAACAAUGGGGCAGGGGACGUCUAUGGGAAAUGCGUGGUUGUGCAAAAAUGCGAACGAAACACGCCUGCGGAUGUGCAAUAAUGCGAAUGUAACGCAUGAAGAGUUAACACCUUAUGUCUCAAAAGUGAAAUGCUUCAUGACAGCUCAGAAUAAGGUUGAUUCUAUAACUUGGACAGCAGCCUUCUUUUGCUUAGAAAGAGUUCUUGAAAGCUCUCGGAUCCCAUCACUAAUUGAUCGACAAAUAGUUCACCUUAAAUUUAAUCGCAAUUUAGGCUACGAUGGAUGAUAUUUUGAGUGACAACUUCUUAUUGAAAUUGGCGGAAAAAAUCGAUCCUUCGAAUGUGCCUCCACAGAAUUUGAGCACCCACUUAGGUUUCUCUCGAGCUGAAGGUUCACGCGCAGCAAUAGAGGGAAACAUCUCCUUAAAUCAAGAAAAUGCAUACCACAAGAUCUUCACCAAGUAUACAAUGAAACAUGGUCGCAAGGAAGACAGUGCCCUGAAACUCACCAAGAUGUUUCUAGAAAGUGAUAUGAAGGACUGUGCUGAUCUUGUCAAAGAAAAGUUAAAGAAGUUUGGGAUCCCAGUUCCUUCAGAUGAAGAUCUGACUGUAGAUCAACCAGUGUCACUUCCCACCCCUCCACGUGACAUCCCAGGACCAAGGCAGCGGCAGGUACCACCUACGACAAGUAUGGUUAGAGAUCCCACCAGUCAUGAUAGGCAGCCAGUUAGAACAGAUACCCAGCCUCCCAAUCGUCCCGUAUGUGUUCCACACCCGUCGCCCCCUGAUCACUACAAGCUACCUACACAUCUGUUCUUUGCAGCCAUUAUCAUGGUCACAUUGGUCAUUGUCGGUGUCUAUUCAUUUCUGUAUUAAAAGAUAAUCAACAGGGAAGCGAUACGAUUUUCAAGGGGGGGGGGCUGACCAUGCCAAAAAUCAAUCAUAUGGUAAUAUUUGCGUUUUUUUGUGUA